CACGUGUGUACAGAAAUGUGUUGAUAUUUUCUGUCAGGGAGCUGCUGUCUUAAUGUGUCUGUUUUAGCUACAUUUGCUCGGUUUAUUUGUCGACAUGGACCUCGCCUCCAGGGACGCGUACAUCCAGAAGCUCGCGAGCAAAGUGUUUUCUCCACGAGAGCAGGAGCCGAAGAAGAGACCGUUUGCUUAUUUCAAGAGUAAAAAUGAUGCCGGUCCUCCAAAAAAGAAGAAAAAGUGUAAAAAGAAGCACUUCAAAGAAAAGGGGCCAGAUGAGAAGACACCUGCUCCAAAAUCUCAACAAAAGCCUCCACCCUCACAGAAAGGCCAGUCCAAAGCAGAACUGAAUGCGUCCAAAACUCAGAGCAUAAAUGGAGCGCAGGCACCUAAAGGAGGAAAUGUAGAGUCCAACUUCUCCACAGUAGAUUUAUUACGCAAGAGACUUCACGAAAAGAUCGAAGAGUCCAGAGGGCAGGGAGCCCCAAAAGAUGCAGCAUCAGAGGCAGUCCAGGCAAAACGAGCAAAACGAAAGCUGGAACGGGAGCGCAAGAAGAGGAAGAGGAAAGAGUUUCGGAUGAAGAAGCUGGCUGAAGAAAGUGGCCAAGAACAGCAGCAGCCAGAGAUAAAAAAGGAAGCGGAGAGCGCCCCGGCUGCAAGCAAGAGAAAUGAAACCGCCAUCGUCUUCAACAAGGUGGAGACAGUAGAAGAAGGGUAUGUAGAUAAGAUUCAGAAGAAGAAGAUCAAGAAGCAGAGCAUGAAAGGCCAGAUAACACCGCUGACAGGGAAGAACUACAAGCAGCUGCUGAGUCGCGUGGAGGCUCGCAAAGCAAAGCUGGAACAGCUGAGGGAGAAAGACCAGGAGAAGGCCCGAGAGAUGGAGGAGAAGAUGAAGUGGACCAACAUCCUUUAUAAGGCGGAGGGCAUCAAAAUCAAAGACGACGAGGACAUGCUGCGCUCGUCGUUGAAGAAGAAGGAGAAGAGGCGUGCUCAGAGGAAGAAGCAGUGGAGCCAGCGCAGUGAGAACGUCGUAGAGAAGAUGCAGAAACGCCAGGACAAGAGAAGAAAGAACAUCCAGAGACGCAAGCAAGUUAAAACAGAGAAGAAGAAGGACAAGGCGCGGAAGAAAGGCAGAGUGCUGCCCGAGGACUUGAAAAAAGUAGCAUUGUAGAGAGAGCAGUGUGUGUGUCCUGUGAUGUUUUUUGUAAAGACGAGAGACAAUGUUUAAAUAAGUAAAUCGGCAGUGUGUUUAAUUACAUGAUAUGAAAUUGAUACUGCAGCUGCACAUGUUGUUCCUUCAGUCCUGUCAAGGAGUAAUAUUAUGUGUGUUACAGUCAAUAAAAUGUGAUCACUAGGACAUGA